AUGGCAACGCCAGAUCUCAAAGCGAACGGGCUCUACGUCCUCCUCUUCAUCAGAGCACACCCUCCAGUCCCAGACGACUUCCACUGGGCGCUUUACAUCCACCGCGAUUCCAAAACAGGCGGGACAAAAUACCACAUCAGACAGCCCGGCAGCAGUGCCUGGCUGGCCGACCACGGCCCCGUCGCUGCCGUCAUGAAAUCCUUCCUUCUCGUCGGCCUAUUCCAGAUCGCAGACAUUCCAGCCGGUCUAGAGGAGCAUGUUGAUCGUAUGAUGAAGAGCUUCGACGCUCGACUCAAUGAUAUCCCGACGACGUGCCGAGUCUGGAUGUUUUGGGUGCUGGAGCUUUUACAGAGGCCGGAGAAUCGGCAGACCGUGCUGCGGUGUGAGAGCCUUGAGCGGCUGGAGCGCGAGAUCAAGGACUGGGGGAAUUCCAAUGCGAUGAGUGCCGCGGGCAAUGAGCAACCGAGACCUGUUGCCGCUUCGUUGCUGUGCGGUUUGUAG